GCGGUGACCAUUUGGAAUGAAUAGUCAAAAAUAACAGUCGCAAAAUUAACAUGUAACGAACGGAUGACAAAAAGUAGUCGCUACAAAGGAGUAAAAUGUUUUAAAUAGUUUUUCUUUGAGUUUGCAUACGAAAACGAACCAAACGAUUACGAACAGUCAAAACGAAUUUCACAAAAAUCGCAAUGUACGAAAAUUUCAAUACCGUUACGCCUAUGAAUGGCUUGGUAAAUUAUACAACGAUCAGCGCUGUACAAACACCAACAACCACACAAUCAAAUUCCGUAUUCCACUGUUGCAAUUGGUUUGGACUCUAUAACUAUUUGGUGGUACUUUUUGUUCUCCUUACCGGGCUGUGCAUAUUACUUGGGAAGGUAAUCAUUAAAGCUCGACGCCGAAAAUAUCGACUUCUGCAACCAGCUCGUCUACGCGCUCAAGGAAACGGAACCGCCACAUGCGUAACGCCAAACGAAUCUGCCAGCGCAGGAACAGCAAUAUCGACAUGGGAUAAUCCGCCAACAUACGAGAAUGCUAUGGCAAAUUACAUCGAUGCGAAGCAACAGUUGCGUGCAAUGGAGGAGGGUGCUGUGGAUAAUGCUAUGGCAAUGACUGCUUCCACAACAACGAUUGAAACAUGUAUAACUGAAGUAGCUGCAAGCCGUACAGACUUGAGCGCUAAUCCAGCUGGUGCUAUAAACACAAGCAACGAAGCACCGAAACCGAUGUCGCAGUGAUAAAAGUACAUAGACGACGACCCUUAUAACUAUGCUACAUCUACUUAUAUACACACACUUGUAUUUAUGUUAAACAAUUAGUCUUGAUGCAAUGUUACUGAAUAAAGUUAAUAAAUGUAUAUAGUAUUUACAAUAAGCAUAGUACCAUAAGUUUUCUAUACUAUACUGUACGAUUUAUCAGAAAAUAUAUAAUGAUACAUAUGAACAUUUUAGAAAACGGUUCAAAUUUUGUUAAAAAAAAAACAUAAUUUCCAUACAUAUAUAAUUCCUGUGUAUUUCAUGCAGAAUAAUUAAAUACAAAACUCAACACAUAACAGUACUUUAUUAUUCAAAGAAAUUUAAUAGCUCAAGAAUGCAUAAAAGAUGCCAAAAAUAAUGAACAAGAUAAAGAAAACUAUACAAACGAAAAGUAAAAAGGUAAUACAACUAAAAAAUUAAAAAAAAAAAAUUUAAAACAAGAUGCAUCUAAUAAAAAAUUAAGAGGUCUGUAUUAUUAUUCAACCACGUAUAGAAGUUAUGAAGUUAUUGAGUUAGCAGAGAGUGUCUCACAAAACAAACUAGAAACUAUUAAGAUUCAACGUUGCGCACUAAACCCAUCACCGGCCGAAUAUGUAAAUUUGACAUCUUUUUUGGAAUGUAUUCACUGUCAAAAUGUUAAUAAGCGGCGAUCAAGCAAACACAGUAAUUUUAUAUUUUAUUUGGAUUACAUUUUUUUUUCAUUUUAUUUUGUUUCAAUAA